UAGUUUCACUUUGGCAGCUAGAGAGUGUCUUGCCCUAAGCGAAACAAACACCUCCUAAGUAUUCGAAAUUUCCAAACAUUAAUGCAAUGUAGUGAAACUUGCUCACGCCCCACUCUUCACUGUCCAGUGUCAUGGUGGAGCUUCCCAAGUCCCUCUCACCCCACCGUCUUCUCAAGCUCCUCAAAGCCGAAAAAUCCCCUCUUUCCGCCCUCAAUGUCUUCGACGCUGCCGUACGCCGCCCUGGCUUCAGCCCCUCCUCCGCCGUCUUCCACCACAUCCUCCGCCGCGUGGCCGCCGACCCCGGCCUCCUCCUCGCCCACGCACCACGCAUCAUCGCCGCGAUCCACUGCCCCUGCCCGGAGGAUGUGCCCCUCACUCUCCUCAAAGCCUACGCCAAAACCCGCAUGCCCAACGAGGCCCUGCACGUGUUUCAGACCAUGCCGCACGUGUUCGGGUGCUCCCCAACCAUUCGCUCCUUCAACACCCUCCUCAACGCGUUCGUCGAGUCACACCAGUGGGCGCGUGCGGAGAACUUCUUCAAGUACUUCGAGGCCGCGCGUGUUUCGCCGAACGUUGAAACCUAUAAUGUUCUCAUGAAGGUGAUGUGUAAGAAGGGUGAGUUCGAGAAGGGUAGGGGGUUGCUGACGUGGAUGUGGGGUGCGGGGAUGAGCCCUGAUAGGAUCACCUACGGGACUUUGAUUGGGGGUGUGGCGAAGAGUGGGGAUUUGGGGUUUGCGCUUGAGGUGUUCGAUGAAAUGCGUGAACGAGGGGUGGAGCCUGAUGUGGUGUGUUACAACAUGAUCAUUGACGGGUUUUUCAAAAGGGGGGAUUUUGUGAAGGCAGGUGAGAUGUGGGAGAGGUUGUUGAGGGAGGAAUUGGUGUUUCCCAGCGUUGUGAGUUAUAAUGUUAUGAUUAGUGGGUUAUGUAAGUGUGGGAGGUUUAGUGAGGGUUUGGAGAUAUGGGAGAGGAUGAAGAAGAAUGAGAGGAAGUGUGAUUUGUUUACUUAUAGUGCUUUGAUUCACGGGUUGAGUGAGGCAGGGGAUUUGGGUGGAGCGAGGAAGGUUUAUGAGGAGAUGGUUGGGAGAGGGGUUAGGCCUGAUGUUGUUACGUGUAAUGCGAUGCUUAAUGGGUUGUGUAAGGCGGGGAAUGUUGAGGAGUGUUUUGAGUUGUGGGAGGAAAUGGGGAAGUGCAGUUUGCGGAAUGUGAGAAGUUAUAACAUAUUUCUCAAGGGGUUGUUUGAGAAUGGGAAGGUGGAUGAUGCGAUGAUGUUGUGGGAUGGUUUGUUGGAGGCAGAUUCUGCUACUUAUGGUGUGGUAGUUCAUGGUUUGUGUUGGAAUGGGUAUGUGAAUAGGGCUUUGCAGGUGUUGGAAGAGGCUGAACAUAGGGAAGGCGGUAUGGAUGUGGAUGAGUUUGCUUACUCGUCACUGAUAAAUGCAUUGUGCAAGGAAGGGAGAUUAGAUGAGGCAGACGGAGUUGUAGAACUUAUGAAUAAGCGUGGAUGCAAAUUUAACUCUCAUGUUUGUAAUGUGCUGAUUGAUGGUUUUGUUAAACAUUCCAAACUUGACAGUGCUGUUAAAGUCUUUAGGGAAAUGAGCGGCAAAGGUUGCUCACUGACUGUUGUGUCCUAUAAUAUUCUUAUAAAUGGAUUAUUAAGAGCUGAAAGGUUUCGUGAGGCUUAUGAUUGCGUUAAUGAAAUGUUGGAGAAAGGGUGGAAGCCAGAUAUUAUCACAUACAGUACGUUGAUAGGUGGUCUUUAUGAGAGCAACAUGAUGGAUGCAGCCCUUAGGUUGUGGCAUCAGUUUCUGGAUACAGGGCAUAAGCCUGAUAUUAUUAUGUACAACAUUGUCAUCCAUAGACUAUGUUCCUCUGGCAAAGUGGAGGAUGCUCUGCAGCUUUAUUCAACAUUGAGGCAGAAGAAGUGUGUUAAUCUUGUGACUCACAAUACCAUCAUGGAGGGGUUUUACAAAGUUGGGAACUGUGAAAUGGCAUCAAAGAUUUGGGCUCACAUCUUAGAAGAUGAACUACAGCCCGACAUCAUCUCGUAUAAUAUUACUCUUAAGGGGUUGUGUUCUUGUGGUAGAGUGACAGAUGCAGUUGGGUUUCUAGAUGAUGCUUUGGUGCGUGGUUUUCUGCCAACUGCCAUUACAUGGAACAUACUAGUUAGAGCAGUGAUUUUUUAAGGAGCUUCAACUUGAUUUUUUUGUGCCCUAACAGAUUCGAGUAAUUUUUUGAACUCCUCUACUUUUUCCUCUUGUUGAUUACAUCAACUACAAAUGUUAUACUAAAAUACAAGCAUUUGGCUGGUAUCCCACAAGAAAAGGGAUUCUUGUGAUGUUUAGGUUUGAGACCAAGCAUCCCUUUUUAGCAUGUUUGUUUAAGAUUGGUGGUUUCAACUGCUCAUGUUUGAUGCAAAUUGCCAAUACAAUAUUAUGCUCCCUGAUAUUAUUUUGUUGAAGGAAAUUUGAGGCCCCUGGGCAAAUAGCUUUUGGCUACGGCUGGUGGACUACAUAUAGUACAAACAGGAACAUUAUGUUAUCAGGUACUUGGGUGCAAUACAGUUUGCCUCUAGGGUACCUAAAGUUUGGAGUUGCUAAGCAGAAUCGGACGGGUGUUUUGGUUUCUGGGAUAUUUGUCUGCGUCAUGUAAAUUUGAGAUAUUUAUCUGCCUCAGGCUUUACAUGAGUUGAUUGUUUUCUGUAAGGCAUAGGGAAUUUUAGGCAGCAAUUACUAUACUUCUCUAUUUGAUUAACCGUUAAGCUGUACAGAAAGGAAUGCCAUUGUGUAUUUAUUAGUUUCUCAUUAAUUGCAUAUAUGACAGAAGACACAGAUAUACAAGUUAGCUUCCAAAUGUACAUAUCUAAAAACUAGUAUGAUAAUAAGAGUGUUUUUUUUUUUUUUUUGUAUUGACAUAGGAUGUUAAAAGUUUCAUCAGCAUCACUUGGUAACCCAGUUACUCAGAUUUUGGUGAUUCUAGUUAUAUCACCAAUAUCUGCUGUUAUUGAUGCCAAAGCAAAGUAGCAUGAUGAUAUCAGGCCCAAGUUAUAAGCUUCCACUUGGGAUUAUUGCAUCACGCAACAUCCAUUAUAAUUUUGUCUUCCACAGAAACUUGCAUUGAAUCUCAGUAACAAUUAAACUUCAGUUAUUUUCCUCUUCGGUAUCGAUCUUUCUUAUUUUUCCAGUUUCUAUUGACAUUGUCUGUUCGUAGAUGAACUGAGAAACUAAAGCCACUAGAAUAGCUCCCAGAACUGCUAUUUUUCUCCAAUCAGUUGAUGAUGAGGCAACAGAAUCAACUAUUGCAAAGGUCAGUAAGCCAAUAAAGAGGAGGUGCCUUCUUUCUGAGGUUCUUAAAGAAUAGCCCUUCGUUUCUUCCAUCCUCCAUUUGAACUUCAAAUUUGUCUAGUUCUUUUUCACGCUCCUGAAUCUCUUGUCUGUUAAGUUCUGCAGAUUCCUCAAACUCCACCAUCUGGCUCUCUAUGUUUGCUGUUAUCUGCCAAACACAAAUGAACGCAAUAAGAGGUCAUUACUAAGUUACAUGUAGAUUUUCCUUCAUGCUGAGCUUGAUGAUUGGCAAGUGUGUUUGGCACAAGAGACAAACUUUUGCCAAACCAUGGUUUGAGACUUUUCCAAAUGCAAAAACCAAAACUACACUACAUGGUUAACUAAAAAAUUGUAGCAUACUCUGGCACUAGCUUCAUCUAAUCCUUGGAGGGCAUCUUCUCCAAUCUUGUCAAACUCAGCCUUCGCUUCUUCACCAAACUGGGUCAAGUAUUCAGAUCUCUCAUCAAAAUAGUCCAUAAGACGGACUUUUUGAGUUUGAAGCAUGGCAAUUUGGGCUAGCAGUUCUUGUUUGCGAAUAUCUCCUGGUUGGGGAGCUUGAGAUUCAGAUUGAUUGGACUUGCAGAGGCACAAAACAGAAUCUUUUGUGUUGAGGCAUCUGCUUCGGUGGAUGUUAUAUUUGA